AUAUUAUCGAAAUUCUAAGACUAGAGCGAUGAUCAAAUGAUAUAUGCUGCAUUAUUGUGGAAAUCAUUAGUGUACAACUGAAUAAAAUGUUGCAACAAUUCCCAGCAGCCUCAUGUUUGGCAAACUCGGAUUUUCAAUCAGGUAGCUUAUUUAUGCUACUUAUAAACCACCUAUUUGCCAGUCAAUGCUCCUUGGCAAAUCCAAACCUAUAUCCACCAGAUGGUAAUUCCCAGAUCCAAGAUGGAGACCAUUUCGACUUCAUCGUAGUAGGUGCUGGUUCAGCAGGUUCAGUGGUGACGAACGGACUUGUUAACAGUGGAAAAUGGAAAGUGCUAGUGUUGGAAGCUGGAGGAUAUCCAUCAAUAACAACUGAGAUCCCCAUGCUCUUCUUCAACAUAGAGCUGACCGAUCAAAUAUGGAAUUACCAAACCGAACCCUCAGAGACUUCUUGCGUUGGACUGAGGAAUGGAUCCUGUCACUGGCCAAGGGGAAAAUUACUAGGUGGUUGUAGCUCAAUUAACGCUAUGUUAUACAUCAGAGGUAAUGAGAAUAACUACAAUACCUGGGAAAAUGAGGGGAACGAAGGUUGGAAUUACGAAAACGUCAUGAAAGCCUUCAAAGAAAAUGAAAAAUUAGUUGCUCACAACUUACAACAAUACGACACAUACGGUAAAGAUGGUUUGUUGCCGUUGACCAACUACAGAGUCAAUGAAACCAUCAGAGAUGUAAUUUUGGAGUCGGUCAAGGAACUCGGUUAUCCAGUAUUAGAGUAUGAAGGUUUGGGGUUCUUCGAAAGUCUUCAGACGAUCGAAAACGGCACCAGGGCUAACGCUGCAAAGGUAUUCUUGGGAGAAGUCAGUAAAUCGCAUAAUCUGAAGCUGGCAACCAACGCCUACGUGCAAAAAAUAAUGAUAGAUGAAAACAAAAAAGAAGCAGAAGGUGUGGAGGUCAAAAUUGGCGAUAAAACAAUGAAAGUUUAUGCAGAUAAAGAGGUUAUUCUUUCUGCCGGUGCCCUUAAUUCUCCGCAAAUACUCAUGUUGAGUGGUGUAGGGCCAAAACAGCACCUUGAAGACAAAGGAAUCAAAGUGAUCAAGGAUCUGAUGGUUGGACACAAUCUUCAAGACCAUUUAACAUACUGGUUAUACUCUAAGCUGAGUGAUGAUGCUUUGAAAUCCACGGUGAUAGAAGAAGAGUUAUUCAGUUAUUUCUCCAGAAGAGAGGGUGAAUUCAGCAACGUUGGUAUAACAAAUAUCAACGGUUUCAUAAAUACCAAACAUAGAUCUAAUUACCCUGACAUCCAAUAUACCUACAUCACCAUCAGAAAAAACGACUUGAACACAUUGAACCUAGUUAUGGAAUUAAUCAACAUGAACAAGAGAGUUUGGGAUAAUUUGAAACUCGCCAACGCAAAGAACCAUCUUCUUUUAACCAUCAUAGUACUAUUGCAACCAAAAUCACGUGGCAGAGUUCUCUUGGAUAGCAAAGAUCCUUUGUCAUCUCCUGUUUUACGUUCUGGGUACCUAACAGACGAUGGACAAGAUACGGAAACAAUCUUGAGGGGUAUUCGUGUCGCUGAAGCCCAACUAAAGACCAAAGCUUUCAAAAAGCUGAACGCUGAAGUGUUGGAUGUUGGUAUACCAAAUUGCACAAAAUUAGAAUUCGACUCUGAUGACUAUUGGAGAUGUGCUGUGAAAAACUUAGGUUCAACCAUGUAUCACCCAACUAGUACCUGCAAAAUGGGACCAUCUAACGACCCAGCAGCUGUAGUAGACUCAAGAUUGAAAGUGCAUGGCGUGCGCAAACUCAGAGUGGUAGAUGCUAGUAUUAUGCCCACAAUAACAAGUGGAAAUACGAAUGCUCCUACGAUGAUGAUAGGACGUAGAGCAGGCCAGAUGAUAGUGAGAGAUCACAGCUGAGUGAACAGAGCGCAAACUGGAGCAACCCUUCAUGAGAUCAUUUUGAUUCCAAGAUUUGCGUUUUUUUUUUCAAUUCAACUAUCAUCAGUUUCAGUAGCUUGUGCACCUGUUGUGGCUAUCUAAUUCAAUAAAUUUCAUGGUA